CCCUCCCGCCAUGUCUCCCUCACCCUUCACUGACUUCCUCCCUCCCUCCCUGACUCCAUCUCUCUCUCCCUCUCUCUCAGUGAUCUUCAGCUUUACCGUCAUGAGGGGGCGUCGCAGGGUCUGAAGAUGGCCAACGCCAUGGCUUCCUACGACCAGCUGGCCCACCAGGUGGAGGCGCUCCGUAAGGAGAACUCCCACCUGAGGAGGGAGCUGGAGGAUAAUUCCCACCACCUGUCAAAGCUGGAGACGGAGACGUUCGGCAUGAAGGAGGUACUGAAGCAGCUGCAGAGCAAGCUGGAGCAGGAGGCAGGAACCCUGGCGUCGUCGGGGAGGAGCGACGUGCUGCACCAGCUCAAAGAGCUUCACAUGGACCUCACCAACUACUACGAACUCAAACACCAGCCCCACAACCUCCGUCUGCUGCCCAGCAGCCUGCUCGGGGUUGAGGGCUCCGACGUGGAGGACCGUCUGGCUCUGCCACCGUCCUCCUCCUCGGUGGCGCCAGUGAGCAGAGCCAGGAGUCCGCUCAGACCUUCGUCCCGUCAGAGCGCGUCCAGGGGCGAGGCCGCUGCCGUCGUGCUGCCGCAUCAUUUUCUGGACGGAGCUCCACCGAAAACGGCUGUGAUCAGUGGCGCUGAUGGACGACUGAGCGACCAUCACCUGGAGGAGCUGUACAAGGAGCGGAACCUGCUGCUGGGGCAGAUCGACCGCGAGGAGAGGGAGCGCUGCUGGUACUUCAGCCAGCUGGAGGCGCUAUCUCAGAAACUGGCCCAGCUGCCUCAGAUCGACACGUUCUCUCUGCAGAUGGAUCUGAUCCGGCAGCAGCUAGAGUUUGAAGCUCAACAGGUUCAGUCUGUGAUGGAGGAACGAUUCGGUACCAGUGACGAGAUGGUUCAGAGGACUCAGAUGCGUGUUGCUCGAUUGGAGCAGCUGGAGAAGGAGCUGCAGGAGGCUCGGGGGAAUCAGGAGAGUCAGCUACAGCUGACUGGAGCUGAGAAGCCUCCUGCUGGAGAACCAGACAUCAACCCAGCAUCCUCUUCAACCUCUGCAGCAGCUGGAACAGAUGCUCCUGCAGACGGAGGCAGCAAGGUACCAAAGCUGAGCCGGGUGGAGAUGGUGUUCUGGCUGCUCUCCAUGCUCGCUAACAGAGACAAGGAGGAGCUGUCCCGCACUCUGUUGGCUCUGUCCAGCUCUCAGGACAGCUGCAUCGCCAUGCGGAAGUCUGGCUGCGUCCCUCUGCUGGUGCAGAUCCUGCAUGAAGCUACGGGUGGCGGGGGUGGUCUAGGGGAGACGGUCCCAGGCACCUGCAGCCGCGAGGCCAAGUCCAGAGCCAGUGCGGCGCUCCACAACAUCAUCUACUCUCAGCAGGACGAGGGCCAGGCCCGCAGGGAGAUGAGGGUCCUGCACAUGCUGGAGCAGAUCCGGACCUACUGUGACAGCGGCUGGGACUGGAUCGAGAGCCACGCUGGGACACCCUCACCUGGAGGAACCAAAACCCUUGACAUCCCUGAACCUGUGGACCCGCAGAUCUGCCAGGCCAUGUGCGCCAUCAUGAAGCUGUCCUUUGAGGAGGAGUACAGACGGGCCAUGAAUGAAUUAGGUGGAUUGCAGGUGGUGGCUGAUCUGAUCCACCUGGAGCAGGACAUGUACAGCAUGCAGAACGACCCCAUCAACACAGCCCUGCGACGCUACGCGGGGAUGGCGCUGACUAACCUCACCUUCGGAGACGUCGUCAACAAGGCCACUCUGUGCUCCAAGAAGAGCUCCCUGCAGGCUCUGGUGGCCCAGCUGGCCACAGACAACGAGGAGCUUCACCAGGUCGUUUCCAGCAUCUUGAGGAACUUGUCGUGGCGAGCCGACAUCAGCAGCAAAAGAGUCCUCAGAGACAUCGGCUGUGUGUCGGCGCUGAUGACCUGCGCCCUGCAGGCCACUAAGGAAUCAACCUUGAAGAGUCUUCUGAGUGCUCUGUGGAACCUAUCUGCUCACAGCAUUGACAACAAGGUGGCCAUCUGCGCAGUGGAUGGUGCUCUAGGCUUUCUGGUCAGUACGUUGACAUACCGCUGUCAGACCAACUCACUUGCCAUUAUUGAAAGUGGGGGAGGAAUCCUACGAAACGUGUCCAGCCUGGUUGCCACACGAGAAGACUACAGGCAAAUCCUCAGGGACCACAACUGCCUCCAGACUCUGCUGCAGCACCUGCGCUCACACAGCCUGACUAUAGUGAGCAACGCCUGUGGGACUCUGUGGAACCUUUCAGCCCGAAGUUCAAAAGACCAGGAGCUGCUGUGGGACCUGGGAGCUGUGAGCAUGCUACGAAACCUCAUUCACUCAAAGCACAAGAUGAUUGCCAUGGGCAGUGCUGCAGCAUUAAGGAACCUUCUUGCCAACAGGCCAUUAAAAUAUAAGGAUACUGCAGUGGUGUCCCCUGGCUCUUGCAUGCCCUCGCUCUAUAUGAGAAAACAAAAGGCUCUAGAAGCAGAGCUGGAUGCCAAGCACCUGGCAGAGACCUUUGAUACCCUGGAGAAACAAAGCCCCAAGCACAUAACCCUCAACAAGCCCCUACGGCACAUUGAGAGCCUGGUGAAGGAUUAUGCAUCAGACUCUGGGUGUUUUGAUGAUGAUGAGGGGCCCAACAUGUCUAGCAGCCUAGACACGGGAAGCUUCUCUAUGCUCUCCAUGUUUCUAACUAACUCAAACGUCCUGCAAAACCAGCCUCGUAAAAGAGACAGUGAACCUGAGCGGGAUAUAGAGACGCCUCCGGUGGUUGAGAAGAGACAUGUACAAACAGAAGAUGUGGUAUCUGCUGCUGCAGAAAAGCUGGCAAAGAAGAUCACCAACACUGUUGCCAAGAUUGACAGGUUAGUGGAGGACAUCACAAUGCAUACGUCCUCUGAAGACAGUUUGAGUCUUAGCUCAGAAGAUCACCUGGCAGACUGGCCUUAUGGACUGGAUGAACUCAAUGAAGCUCGAGCAAAAUCCUGUUCUCCCUGUCGUCUCUCUGACACGAGCAGUUUUGCCCACAGGGAAAGGCUCAGCAGAGCCCACACCCUCUUGCGCCUCAAAACUGCACACACAAGCGUCUCAACAGACAGCCUGAACAGUGGCAGCACCAGUGAUGGUUAUUGUGGCAGCAGAGAUCAGAUGCAACCUGCUCCCAGAGCUCUAAUGGUGCACCAACGACCCAACCAGCUGGAUCUGAAGGUGGCUCAUCAAGAGUACCUCAACAUUGUCAUGAAUCACAUUAACCAGCAAGAUAUUCCAGAGAGAGAUUCUGAGAACAACAGAGAUGUAAAAGCCAUAGAACUGAACAAUACAGAUACAGAAAAAAAACAGGAUCAAGCUGUACAUACUCCUGUCAGUGUGUCAACUAAAGUCUCCUCUGAUGUGAGCAUGACUUCAAUAAAACUCUCUCCUUCCUAUCAACAAGUGCCACUCAUUCAGAGUGUGGCCAAAUUUGGUGUAGCAAAGACAGCCAUUAAUGUCCAGGCUGCCCAAGCUAUGAGAAGACAAGCAUGGGUACCAACUGUGAUGACCGGAGGGAGUAUUACAAAGUUUUCUCCAAUGACAUCCACCAGAAGCCCCACCAUCGGCACACUGGAGACAGUCCAGAAAUACUCUGUGGAAAACACCCCCAUCUGCUUCUCUCGCUGCAGUUCAUUGUCCUCCCUUUCAUCUGGUGAUGGAGCACUGGACGGACAAAGUGAAAAUGAGUUAGAAAGUGACUCCUCGUUAGAAAUAAUUGAAGUGGAGGGUGGAGAAGAGGUAAAAAGAACAGAAGAGGAUGAAACAUUGGAGGAUGUGAGUGACAGCCAGCUGCUAGUCACAGAUUUGAAAACCCUCCCUAGCAAAGAGACUGAUCCCAUCGAGAUCCCAUGUCCUGCAAGAAAGGAAAAGAUGUUUCUUAGAGGGGUUUCACCAGCCAUAGUUGAAGAUCAAUCUCCAUCUAGUUCAUCUGAGAACUAUAUCCACGAGACACCUCUGGUCAUGAGUCGUUGUAGCUCAGUCAGUUCUCUGGGCAGUUUUGAUUCUCCGUCUAUUGCCAGUUCCAUUCAAAGUGAUCCAUGCAGUGAGAUAAUUGAUGGAACAAUAAGCCCAAGUGAUCUUCCGGACAGCCCGGGGCAAACCAUGCCUCCCAGUCGAAGUAAAACUCCCUGUUGCGUCGACUCAAAUGGGCCAGAAAUACAGACUACAGGGGUAGCUGGUCAGUGGGAAAACAGCCUGCGAAAAUUCAUGGAGAUCGCAGAUUCCAAGGAGAGGUUUAAUCUCCCUCCAGACCUAGACACUAUGAUCUACUUCACGGUGGAAAAACCCACUGAGAACUUCUCCUGUGCUUCAAGCUUAAGUGCUUUGCCUCUACAUGAGCACUACAUACAGAAAGAUGUGGAACUCAAAUUGACCCCCCUACUCCAGCAAAGUGACAAACAUCUCCCUUUCCCUGAUGAGGAUGAGCAAGGACCCGACCACGGGGAGAGAUACAGUGAGGGAAACUCUGACGAUGACAUUGAAAUUCUAAAAGAAUGCAUCAACUCAGCAAUGCCAUCCAAGUACAGAAAAGUCAGACCUUCACUGGUGACUAUUCCGCCUCAUAUUCUCAAUUCCCAGAUGCGAAAACCCAUACACCUUCCAGUGUACAUGAUGCUCCCCAAUGGUAAAACCCAAAUGUAUCCUGGAAGAAGAAUUGUUAUUCCACAGAAAGACUCAAAGUUUGAUGAUUCAUCCUUCACGGAUUCUGCAGAGGGAACACCUGUUAACUUUUCUAGUACCACAUCGCUAAGUGAUGAAACACUUCAGUAUCCAGCUAAAGCCAAAGGGGCCAAGGACUGCCCUGCUACAGGGAUGAGCAAACAGGAAAUGCUCAACGAUGAGGCAAAGAGGAUCGAAGACUUAAGAAUAUUCUCACACUUCCACAAACCAAACAACAGGGUGAGUCAUCCACCCGAGGUCCAAAUGACCAGAACCACCAAACACGUCAUUCCCACUCAGAGGGUGCUGAUGCAGAGCAAAGAGGUGGCGGAUAGAGUGGCGAGCCAAAGAAACCUUGACCAGUCUCAACAAAAGAAGAGGCAAAGUUACAGCCCAGUACCGAACCUGGAUCUGCCUGUCAUAACGCACAGCACAGGUCACCCCAAUGCAGGGCUUCAGAAAGUAUAUACAGUGUUUCAUUCUUCAGGAGACAUCAGCGACUUCUAUGAUGAUGAAAAUGAAAGAGAUGAAGCCUGUAAACCAACAAGCAGAAAACACAUCAGUGAUACAGGCAGAAACACGCUCUCCCAGAGCAUGACCAAUAUUGGCAGGAUUGAUAACAGCCAUUCAAAGUCCAGAGGUUUUCAUCGGAUUAAACAGAAUCUGAUAAAGGAUGAAUCUCCAGCAUGUUAUUCACUCAGCUCCUCUCUUAGUUCCCUGAGUGACGCUGACUUUGAGGACAAUAAAUCUACAGCCCAGCAAAUACUGUACAAAAACAGACACAAUAAAACUCUGCAUAUGGUACAACAACAAACAAGACCUGUGACCAUUAAUAGCCAGUAUGACGAACCAAGCUCCCCCAGCUCUGUGAGCAUGGACUCAGAGGAUGACCUCCUACAGAAAUGCAUAACCUCCGCCAUGCCAAAACAGAGACGGAGACUUGCUGCAAGGAAGAAGAAAGGUGAGAGCAGUCAGAAACAAAAGGCCUCUGAGGUGUGGAACAUGGAUGAGGACAUGGACAGUGAUGACAUGGCGUGGGAUAAAGAUUCAGAUCUCAAUAGUGUUGAAUGGAGAGCUAUACAGGAAGGUGCUAACUGUGUGGUCACUGAGCUGCAGGCGUCAAAGUCUUCCUCUGAAGACACAGAAUCAGUCUUGUCAUUCAUGUCUACAUCCAGCUUUACACCGAAAGAACGCAAGUUUGCUAAAGACAAGAAAGCAAAUAAACCUUUAGACUUUGCGCAGCGCAAGCCUGUUCCAAAUCUACCUGUUGUUUUCAGAGGAAGGACAGUGAUCUACACACCGCAAAAAGACACAGCACCAUCACAAAGGCCUCCUCCCAGGAAAAUACCAAACAAGACAGAGGCUCCAAAAAAUCCAAACCUUGCCCAGCACAGAUCAAAGAGCCUUCAUCGAUUAGGCCAUACCCAGGACACGCAACUGUCUUUGCCAAAGAGGAGCUCCACCCCACCUCCAAGGAUACCAAAAAGCUCAUCCUCUGGAUCAUCGCAAAGCUCGACACCAACCAAGCAUCAACAACACAAGACAAUAACCCCAACCCAGACAAAACAAUUCACUCGGAAAAAGAACAUCAUAACGACUAGCAGCCCCCCAGAAAGGAAAGGCCGAUCUCUUGCAAAUCAAAAUGAAAAAUCACCACCCCCUAAAACUCAAAAGUCACCUGUCCGGAUCCCAUUCAUGCAGAAUUCAGUGAAGCAACCCAGACCUCUGUCACCACUGGUAACUAACCAAACAACCAGCAGGCACACCAGUCAUGUCACUGGAAAAAAGUUGCUGCCCAGCAACCGUUUUGACCUGAUGAGAAUGACGUCUGUCCAUUCAAGUGGUGGCGAGUCUGAUCGUAACGGAUUUUUCAGACAGUUAACUUUCAUUAAGGAAUCAAAGAGACGCGACGGCUCAGCAGGCAACAUGCAGGGAUCCCAGAAUGGAUCUCCCCGUAGAGCAGUUCCUGGAGCCUCAGCUGUCUUCCUCUGCUCAUCACGCUGCCAGGAACUUAAAGCCGUUGUCCAACCCCCAAGAAGAGUCCAAGCACAGCACACCCAGAAGUCAGAGCAUGGCUUACAGAAGCAGGCUACAACCCCUACCAGAGCAACGUCUAGCGAAAGGGACCCCUCUUUGAAACGUCCAACAAGGAGAACUAGCUCAGAAAGCCCCUGCAGGGCGGCUCAGAGAAACCGGCCUGGCAGAGCGUCUGGAGCCUACAAACACCAAGACAGAGAUAACUUUAAACGUCACGCAUCAUCGCCGACUAUAAACAUACUCAGCCGAGUGACCAGCCGUUCUUCCCUCCGCUCAUCAUCCUCUGAUUCCAGUGGAAGAGCAAAGAGUGAGGAUGAAACCAAGAAAAAAGGGCAGAGAUCCACUCGGUUAAAUGACAGAGUCACCUGGAGGAGGAUCAGGGAUGAGGAUGUACAUCAAAUCUUAAAAACCACUCUGCCAGCCAAUGCAUUACCUCUGGUGCCUACUCCUGAUGGGGAACAGCCUAAGACACCAGGUCUCCCAGGAAAACUGCCAACCAUACUGCUAGCAUCUCGCAAAACAAGUGAUGCGACAGUGCAAACAGAAGAUUUUACAAAUAACAAGACCAACUUGAGCAUGUCUCCAGCUAUGGAAGCAGCUCCGGUGAUCUCAGAGGAAGUAGCAAGACUCACUCUCCUCAACAUGCAAGAUGGAGAGUCUGAAGGUUCUCUAAGGAGCCACAGCACCAUGUCCACAGGUGCAUCAGAUGGCCACAUGGCAGGGGUGGUACACUUCCGUCAAGGAUCGCCUAGCAAAGCUGUCCGAGUCACUCCAUUUAACUAUACCCCUAGCCCUAUGGUCUGCAUCCUGCAACACACACCAAGCCACACAGCCACAAAGAGCGAGAAGUCAGGAGAGAGAAGUGAGUCAUAGAGCAUCUAGUGGAUUCACUGAUGACCUCACUGGGUCCUGACACGCAGGCCGACAGACCUUUCCCCAUUUUCUUUUCCCACUUGCAGCAGAAUGGAUCAUAGCUUCCAUCUUCCACUCCUACAGAUGGACAUAUGCAUUGAGACAGGCCUGAAGGUCUGGCAUUGACAAACUUUUACAGAUGCACUCACGAAAUAAAAAUGCAUCUUUUUGUACCUUUUUCUAUUUGUAGAAAAUCAUUGCUUGGUAGAAAUUUAGUGAAAACAUAAAGCAUAGAUGAUUACAUGUAGUUCUCCAGUCAAAUCACUGUUGUUCUCCUGGACAUGAUCACAUUAUGCAACCCUCUGAAUGACAACUCAGCUGGACACUUACCUGACAAGGUACAGAGUGUGGCUGACUGUUGAUACGUCCUCUGGCAUGUAAAGUUUUUUACUUCCUCUACAUUAAAGCUUUGGCACUUUGCUUCAGCACGCAACUGAUCAUGGUAGACUGUGAGCAUAUGCUACACUCAGAGCCCCGGAGGGUUCAGGGCACAAUUUCCUUCCAAUAAAUGCUGUCCACCUCACAAAGAAUUUAAACUGUUCCCUUGGAGUAAGAAACACAGACAUCACAGAAACCUUUCAUUGUAAGAGAAGAAUAGUCUAAGGAGCCUUCAAUAUUCUGACUCCAGCAGUGGUGAGGCCUACAAGGCGCAUGCUCACUAAUGUGAAGGCAAAGUGUUGCCCUGAAAACUACUGGGCUCGGUUUCCUAUUGCUGCUGAUAAAUUAUAGUAAAUAUCGUCCUUCUCCAUCGGCUUCACACACUGAACUCGCUCUUAACCAGUAUUGUAAAUAAUGUGCAAACCUACUAAACCUUGAAUGCUUCCUGGUGGGCAAAACUGGACACACUGGAUGCUCUUCAGUGUCACUGUCAGUGUAGGUGAACCCACCAAUGUGAUGACAUUUGUGUCUGCUACUAGAUUCAGGUUCUUGCUGUCAUCUGUUGGGAAACAAAAUGCCACUUUCACAAAGCGAUGGUCAGGCAGGUGUGUAGAAACGUGCUGAUAUCUGCGUAACUGUGUUGCUGUAACAGUAGUUAUAAAUGAGAAGUCGACCACUAUCCUGUGUAGUUGUACCGUCAUUGCUCAGUGUACUCAAAGGUUAGAAAUGAACUCGCCUACAACCAGGCCACUACUUCUAAAGCAUGUCUUGAAUAAAACCCAGUUUUGGAAUUUUAUUCAUUCAGAAGCCACAUUUAAGUACUCAAGUGAACUGUACCAAUGAUAUUUAUAGGAGCCAUUAUGUACUGUACACGUCUGUUUUUGAGUUUGUGGAAUGAGGUCUGCUGCUUUGACCCACCACAGAUCUGCUGCUCUUUACAGAACCCAGACCUGUGAGUUGCACUCGAAACAAAGACCAGUCAAAGAAGACAAUUUAACCAAUUCUCGAUACAGCAGAGAACAGAAGUCGUGGGGCUGCAGUCAGUUUGUACCUGCAGCUGUUUAAGCUUCAGGCUGUGAUUAAACUGAGGAUCCCAAUGUGUCACUCUGAAAAGGAGAUGAAAAACACACAAUAAAACACAAACUAAAAAAAUACAAUUUAGCUUUAGCAUUUGUUGCAUAAAACAGUCAAAAAUAAAAUCUAAUUAUUUCAUUUCGAUUUUUAGCUUCACAGUUUUAAUAUCCUUACGGACCCCGGUAGAACCCCACAGGGCUCUAAUGCAUGGGGGGAAAUAGGCUCUGGGGUCCAUAGGGAGACAUUUGGCUCUGUUCAAUCAUUUCACAAACUCAAAAAUCUUUUUAUCUCCUGUCAACCUGCAGAUGAAUAAAUAAACUUCGUUGCUGAUACUCAA